CGCAUGCGUUGCGCGUUCUAAACUUAAAGAAAGAUGGGUCCAUUUCCUUUGCCAAAUACGUGAAUUUGUCUGCAAAAACGCUGCUCCUCUUACGACCGCCUGAAGAACACACUGCUUGCGUAGCCAGCUUGUAUUGCCGAAUUUCGGGCCAACCGAGAAUCGGUGCCUUGGUCAAUCCUAGUGCAGCGAGUGAGGCGAAAAAGUCACAGACAAUAGCGGCACAAACCUGUGCGAAGAUACUUCAGCCCACGUGUGGCAGCCCACCAAACAGGUCAUCCACGUCGAUCAUGGACAAAUUGGACUUCGAUUUCGACGCGAACGGAGGCUUGAUGCCCCAAAUUCAAGCUCUGAUAGCUCCUCCUGUCAGCGAAGAGAAAGGCAAGAAAAAAGAAACAAAACACCCUUACUAUAGACGACCAGGCAAGGGUCACAACCAUGAUUGCUGCGACUCUUGCGGCGAAGGUGGCGACUUGUUGUGCUGCGACAAGUGCCCAGCCUCGUUCCACCUUCUUUGCCACGACCCUCCCCUAGACGAGGAUGACAUACCCACAGGCAUGUGGCUAUGCCACAGUUGCAAAUAUAAUGCUCAGAACACAACUCAGAGUACAAAAAGCACAGACAGGUUAAAAAAGGAUCGAACAGAGAGCCCUGCAACGUCAAAAUCGUCCACGCCUGUUCCGUUCUCUGAUAGUGUUGGCUCGAGACUGUCAAGAAGGAGGGAUUCAGAACAGGGAAACUCAACAGAUUCCCGAGAUUUGGCUUCCACCGAGACACCAUUCGAAGCAGAGGCCCUCAACGUCAGCGCCAGAUGUGAGCAGCCUCUGGAAACGUUGAUCAAGGCAGCAACCCAGUUGAACCCAAAAGAGUUUGAAUUGCCUUAUCAAUACUUGGAGCCAAUCCCCUUACCGGGAACAGAGAAAUUUACAUCGAGAAGAGGGAAGAGCAAACGAAAGCCGCACGAACUGGACAAUGGUCUUGUACCCUUACCAGCAAAACUCUGCCAUGGGUGCCACAAGAGUUGUCGAGUGGCCUCUCUAUUAGCUUGCGACUACUGUCCACUGCUCUUCCACCUGGACUGUCUGACUCCUCCGCUGACCACCGUCCCAAGUGGCAGGUGGAUGUGUCCAGCUCAUCCCAACCAUAGUGUCGACCAGAAAUUGCUUCAAUCUUGUGGGGCGACUGAAAGACUUCGCCUGUGGGAUCGGUAUUGCACCGCGCCAGUUGACCCAGAAGCGGUGAAGAUUGAUUUCCUGCGACACUCGAGAAUUUCUCAAAGUAUACCUAGAAAAAGAGUUCCCAGAGUGAAACUCAACCACAAAAAUACUGCAAAGGUACCUGAGGCGGUGCGCCAACACUACUUGAAUCCCCAACCCUUGGUCCCUCAAGGCUGCCCUGUUCCUGCGAUGCCACUUCCAGGUGAUAUGAUUCCCAAGGAAUCUACAAAAGAGGAGCAGGAGCUGUGGCUGGCAAGUGUUUUGUCACUUCAAAAUAGCAUCGCGUCACAUUUAAGCCAAACUAGCAAGGAGAUGACAAAAUUGAAAGGCCCCCAGGGUGACACAAAACCGCCACUGCUUAGCAAUGGAGGCCUCAGCAACGGGGACAUCUGCAAUGGUGACUAUGACAUGGACAAGCGGAGGGUCCGAGGUGCGAGCUACGCGUCAGGCCAGUCAAGCAAAUUGGCAGCACUAUUGCAAGAAGAUGUUUUCACAGGGAAAAUGUCAGAUCUGGACCAGCUUGACGAAUCGCUAAUUCGGGCACUGGCAUUGCAACGGUUACAAGAGAUAAAAUCAAGGACGUCGGCCCACACGAUUGCUAAGCCAAGCGUGCAGCUUGCACCCUGCAUAUCACGUCCUCUCUCUAACAUCUAUGUGCCGACUAGUUUGCCGGCCAAAGCGACCAUAUACCCAGUGAUUGCGUGCAAAGUGCGGAAGGAACUGGCGCACCUGAUGACCUUGCGACAGCUCUCCAUAGGGUUGGGUAACAACGUCGACAUAGAUCUCUCUAAGUAUGGCCACUGCAACUAUGUCUCGCCGCUCCAUGCACUCAUUUUCUAUGACAAUAGCACAAAGGAAUAUGAAUUAAUCAACUACAGUGAGCAUGGCACUGCCAUCGACAGUAUUUUUUAUUGCAUUGAAGAGAGCGUUAUCGAGCCUUACCAACCACCGCAACCAAGCUACAAUCCAAGAGACCCUCCGCUCACUGUUGGUGCUAGAAAAAUUUUGACAGCAAGGCGGAGAAAAUGGAAAUGCCUGAGUCAAGCAUCGCAAGAGGAACCUGAGGAAGGAAAGCUCAAAUCGCUGAUUUCGGCCUACGAAGAGAUCCCAGAUGACGAGGCGAAAAAAGAAGCAGAAGAGUCAAGAAUUAGAAGAAGAGUUAACUCGCUGCAGGGGAAAUGCAACUGCAACUCAAAGAGAUUGGAAAACUUAAAAGCACAAGGUCCUGGCUGGGAAGGCUCAGCACUCCUCAAGCACGGGUCGCACUUGAAAUUUGGCUGUUUGCAUUUUGUCUUCGCGCGUUUGCGGCCAGCUGAGGAAUCAGUUUAUUAAGAGAACUUAAAUGUGUGUACACCACUGUCUGGGUUUCCUUGUGUACAGAUUGAAAAACAAAGUACAACCUGAUAGUUGUGAGUAGAUCAUAACAGAUGGCGCCUAUUUACAUGGUUAUUUUUUACUUGACAAUGUAAAAUAAUUAUGAAAAUUGAUUUUUACGAAAUCUCAGUAAAACUACUCGCAAUAAAUUCAUUGGAUUGCUGGCGGGCGCCAAAUACUAAAAGUAAUAACUACUGUACUUUUUUAUUGCAACGCUAUGGACAAAGGAAUUACUCAAAUUAUUGAUUGUGUCAAGUCUUGAAUGUUGCUGUUUUCGCAGCGUGUAACUCCUCUUUUGUAAAUGUUUCCAAGAGAUUUUCUAAUUAAAUAAAUUUAGAAAACAGCUAUUUAUAUUUUAA